AUGAUCGCUGACAUCAUUUCCAUCACCGCUGGUACCCUCGUUGUCAUCUUCACCGGAGCACCCAGUCAAGACUUUGCCAUCUCGGACAACCUUGCCUUCGCAAUGACCACAUGUAGUGCCAAGGUGACUAUCAACCCAAUCACUUCAUCAUCGUCAUAUGCAUUGAUUGGACCAAAGGGAUCACCAUCUGGCUCAGUACCCGAGAUCCUCUCAUACACAGGACCAAAACUUCAAGAGACAUUUCAAACCUGUCAAGCCAUAUGUCCACAUCAAGGCUGCAUCCAAUGCUUUACACCAGAACCUUAUAUCCUCAUCAAUGGACUACCAGUCUCUGGUACUUUUGGACCUGGAUUGAAUGUUGUGGCCAUCAAUCCCACCAACAGCACGGUGAUCAUGUCAAACAACUAUGACACAACUAAUGCUGCAACUCAACCUCGACCAAGUAUCCAUUUCACUUCUGAUAUCAAAGCCCUGCCCCAAGGCACCAUAGUUGCAUUGUCAACUCUUGGAGCGGCCGGCACUUACCUGGGCACUGCCCGAGACACCAUCACCAACUACCUUGGUUCCAAGUUGAUGACGUCCUUCACAUCCAAUCAAUCAUACUGUAUCAUCUCAACUGUUGGUCUCAAUCUCACAGGUGAUACGAGAGUGAUGAGUGAGUGUAUUGCAUCAGCCAGUUCAUACACAGCAUGUGACCUUCGAUUCCCAUUGAAGUCACUCUACACCAACACUGGUCUGACCUUCUGUGUCACCUCUGGACAACAGAGUCGGAUCAUGGUCAACAAUCAAUCCGCCCUGCCCACGACCACGAAUGGAAUCAACCUUGUCACGGUUGAUGCUGCCAGUGGAGCCGCCAGCCCAUACUACUUCAACACAUCUGGAUCGGAUGCUCAAUGCAGGUGUUGUACAACUUCAUUCAAGCACUCCCAGUUGGUCAGUUUGUACUGA